CACAGGUGUUGAUAUUUACUUGUGCACUGGACAAGAAAUCGCUGCGAUAUUCACCCACCGGAGAUUUAAGAUCCAAUUUUAAGAAUUUCAGUAACUUUACAGGAAAUUUAACUAUGUAAACUUCACCAAAGGCAUCCACAUAAAAAGUGCUAUUGAACUUCCAACACAAUUUUUAUGGUGAACUCAAAGUUGUUAUGGAGUUAGGUGAGUCAUCCAGAACGCUCAACUCUUACUGCCAAAACCAACUAUAAAUAACCCACAAAAGUAUGUUACAAACAGAUUGAGAGAGUAGAAGAAUCAUACAACACUAAGAAGUAUAGUUAUGGCAGCAGCACUUAAGUCUCAGCUCUUUUCUGGCUUCCAAGCUGCAGCACUGCUUGUGUUGCUCAUUGCGCUGGCAGCGGAGACUCAAAUGGCUCAGGCGCAGGACUGUCAGGCUCAGCUCACAGGCGUCAAUGCAUGCGCGCCAUUCGUGCUUCCUGGUGCCACUAACCCAAGCACAGACUGCUGCAAUGCACUCAGUUCAGUUCAACAUGACUGCCUCUGCAGCACUGUUAGGAUGGUCACUCACCUUCCCUCGCAGUGCAAUCUCCCUACUGUCACUUGCGCGUAACUAGUAAGUUUUUAGCUCGCUCGCUCGAAUAGAUCAUGGAAUUAUCAAUUGCAGCGAAGCAAUUUUGUUAUGGUUGGCUUGAAUAGAUGUCUGAUUAUCCUUUAUGGUUUAUCUUUUCUGUUUACAGAUUCGAAAUGAAGCUUGAAGAGGACAUGAGUGGCAAACAAAUAAAUUUGAGUUUUCAUGCUCUGUAUUUUCAGCUUUUUGCUGUUUUUCUUGUCCUUCUGUUCUUCUCUAGAAGUAUCCUGAUCUGUAAUCAGGCUCAAAGUUGGUGACAAAAUAAAGAGAACACAUGUUUCUGUUGCAUCCUUCAACUAUGCACGUAGCUGUUACUUUUUACCCCAAAUAAUACUGGAUUCGGCUAAAGAUAUGUGAACGCAAAACGGUAUGUUCAAUUGACGUCCAUGCGCACAUAAAUUUUUAUCCAAAUUCGGCUAAAGAUAUGUGAAUGCAACAGUAUAUUCAAUUGGGGUCUCUACAUAGUCUCUGAAUUGUAUACAAGCCAUGUAAAACAAAAGGACAGACUGAUUUUGCUCCUCUCACACCAUGUGCUGUUGCUUACCUUGCAGAAAACUUCACACACAAGCCAGUCCUAAAACUGUACAGGACAUUCAAACCUGUCUGAUGCUAUAUGCCACAUUAACGAGUGGCACAAAUGCAGCAUACAUAGAGGUCUUUGUGAUCAUUCCAUAUGCUCUGUAACUCAUCAUUCUCUUUUCUGCACCAUACAAUCUACCCCGUUCCAUGUUCACUUUGGUCCCCUAUGA